UGUUAUCCAUCCAUGUUGAAAACAAGCUCUUAAUGCUCCCUGUUAAUAUUAUUAUUGACAUGCCCAUGGUUGCAAGUUGUUUGUAUCCUCUGCUAUGCCAUCUUUACCGGGUCACACACUUUCUCUAUGGACAGUGGCACACGUCGGGCUGAGUGUGUACUCUACAUGCACGCCCGUUGGUCAUAGAGGAGGAUUAGAAUAGAAUGAUCAAAGUGGAAAGAAGGUAACAGACCAAUAAUUGGGGCAAUGAUGCCACUUUGAAGCUCCUGUGUUUUAAUUUAACAAAAGAGAGAUGGAAAGUGAAUGAAACAAUGAUGCAAAGGCGCUGCAAUAAAGACGCUGAUGAUGCAGAAAAAAAAGGUUAAUGUUGAGUCGCCCCAAUCGGGAACAAGACUCUUUGUGGACCCAGAUUGAUGGAAGCAGGGAGGGAGCGUGUUUGAGAUAGAAAAAGAAAAAGAAGAAAAAAAGAGAGAGCCAAAGAUUGAUAUCACUGGAGAGGUAGGAGGGUAUUGGCAAGGUGAAGGGAGGGAACUGGACGACUAACAACACUGAAAGCACUGAUAGAGCGCCAGAGGCAAGGAGGAAGACAUCGAGCAAGGGGAGUGGAAAGAGGGAGAGGCUGAAUAGAGUGCUGCGAUGAAUAGAAGACGAUGAGGCACAGCAACAUUUCAGAGAGGGAGGAAGAAGAGCGGGACAUUGGGAUAAUGCAGAUGAUGAAGCAAGCUGGAUAUGGAGAGGAGAGCUGGCCGCCACACACUUAAGACACAAGAAAGUCUGCCGUCAAGACGACUUGCCCGUUCGGAGAGAAAAUCACCUGUCAUGUUUGUUCGGCUUGACUUUUUUCCGACUGUCUCUGCAGCAUUAUGCCUGCCUGCACUCUUUGACCUUCCUUAGUCAGCACACAGAGUGUGACUGCAGGGAAAAGGAGGGAAGCAUAAAAGGGAGUGUCUACGGGUGCAACUAGAAAAGUGGAGUAGUAGCUGAGGGAGUUGUUGCAUCACAACAGGAUCACCUGCCUCCCCCACCUACCCUCACCCUCCAAACAUGUUCUUCGCUGCAUGUCUCACCUGGAAGUACUAAAGCAGCCUGAAAAUUGGAAUCUUCUGGCACUGCACUGAAGUUAUUGUCUUGGACUUUUGCAAACGGUACUCCUUCCGAGCAAUGGAUGAUUCUGGAAACCCCAAAGGGGGUCCUGCAAGCGGCCCUCCGGUGGGAGACCCUCGCAUGGUGGAGGUUAGAAUGGGGGAGAGAGAGCCACCAUUGAGGAUGUCACCCUUUCGUAUGCUCCGUGUGCUUGACUCAUGUCGUCCUCCGGGAAGCCGUAUUGGUAUCGUCCACGAGAAUGUGAAGAUGGGCUCCGAUGGCGAGAGCGACCAGGCUUCCGGGACAUCUUCCGAUGAGGUCCAGAGUCCCGUCAGGGUCCGUAUGAGAAACAACCACCAUCGACGGAUUUCUAAUGAGGACAUAAACAAACGUCUGUCUCUCCCAGCUGAUAUCAGGCUACCGGAGGGCUACUUAGAGAAGUUUGCCAUGAACAGCCCGCCCUUUGACAAGCCCAUGAGCCGCAGGCUACGACGCGCUUCAUUGUCUGAAAUUGGCUUCGGGAAACUCGAGACCUACAUCAAACUGGACAAACUGGGGGAGGGAACAUAUGCUACAGUUUUUAAGGGGCGAAGCAAGUUAACAGACAACUUAGUGGCUCUCAAAGAGAUCCGCCUGGAGCAUGAAGAGGGCGCCCCGUGCACAGCCAUUCGAGAAGUGUCUUUACUGAAAGACUUGAAGCACGCCAAUAUCGUCACUCUCCACGACAUUAUCCAUACUGACAAGUGCCUGACACUCGUGUUUGAGUAUCUGGAAAAAGAUUUGAAGCAGUACAUGGACGACUGUGGGAGCAUAAUGAGUGUACACAACGUCAAGAUCUUCUUGUUCCAGCUGUUGAGAGGUUUGGCUUACUGCCAUCGAAGGAAGGUCCUCCACAGGGACCUUAAACCCCAGAAUCUACUCAUCAACGAGAAGGGAGAGCUGAAACUUGCAGAUUUUGGUUUGGCACGGGCCAAGUCUGUCCCCACAAAGACUUACUCAAAUGAAGUAGUGACAUUAUGGUACCGACCUCCAGAUGUGCUGCUAGGUUCCACUGAAUACUCGACGCCCAUAGACAUGUGGGGUGUGGGCUGCAUCUUUUAUGAAAUGAUCACAGGCAGGCCUCUCUUCCCCGGAUCCACUGUGGAGGACGAACUUCACCUCAUAUUCCGCAUCCUCGGCACCCCCACAGAAGAAACUUGGCCUGGCAUCAGCACCAGUGAAGAGUUCAAGACAUAUAAUUUCCCCAAAUACAACGGAGAGCCGCUUGUUAACCAUGCUCCUAGGAUAGACAAUGAUGGUCACGACUUGCUCUCAGUGCUUCUGCAGUUUGAGGCAAAAAAGCGAGUGUCGGCCGAGGACGCUCUUAGGCACCCGUAUUUCAGAACGCUUGGCGAGCAGGUUCAAACCCUGGCUGACACUGCAUCAAUCUUCUCCAUAAAAGGCAUUCAACUUCAGAAAGACCCAGGGAAGAGAUCCGCCAUCUACCCAGAGUCAACUCAGGGAAAGGGCAGAAGGCAGAGUGUGUUGUUCUAGCGGUGUCGGAUGGCCCCAGAAGUGAGGAGAUCCACGACUAAAGGAGCAAUUCCGUCAGAGACAAACAUUCAGCGACCACAUCACGUGCACUGGAGGAGCGACACACUCUCACUUGAUGAAGAAAAUCAUACACAUGUCCACAUAGAAACAUCAACAGAUCUGGGACUGAAGAAUUCAAAUGUGACUAAAGAAUAAUGCUCUCCCCAGACAGGAAAAAAAAAGGCUAAUUAGAAAUGUGUGUGACCACUAAAGGGGAAACUGGGAGAGUUUGAGUCUCCUUGCUGCUAUUACCGCUGCUGUCCAGACGGGGGCAGUGUCAAUGUGGGGCCCAAACACAACUUGAACUGUGAAGAAGCUGGAGUGACAGUGGCCCGAAUUCAUAUGAACUGCAUCACAUUUCAGUCUGUGGACUUGUGCUGUACAUAAACAGACAACAGAGCUCUUCUCUUUUCUCAUGAAAUGCCUCAGCCUCAAUCCAAACUCGACAUUUUGCACCUCACCUUGGCCCUUUAUUAUAUCAUCUGUAGAGGAUGCAUGAACGUGUACGCACACACACACACACACACACACAAGCUUCAUUCUCCAGCUCCAUGAUUCUCCGUUUUACGCACACACAAACAGUACCCCUUAUGUUUCACUUGAAAGUAUGGUGUGUGUGUGUGUGCACGCGCGUUGGUAUCAAUGGCGUUUUUCGGAGAUGAACUUUAGCACCUUAUUGACCUAGAGGUCAAGGACACUGUACUUUACCUCAUGCGUCAGAGUUAGGUUAUAAUCUAAAUCUAAUCGAAUCUAAAUGGCAAACCAUUCAUUAUUGGAGCCGCUUAUCCUCACAAGGGUCUCGUGAAUGACGAACCAAAAACAAAAAAACCCCACUAAUCAUUGGAUAAACUUGGUAGAUGAUUUACAUUACUACAAUAAUGGACACUGUAAAGAAUAUUCUAUUAAAGUGUCACGACAAUGAGUUAAAGAAAGUGUACAAGUCCUCACCUGCUUAUCCUUAGACACCCCCUUUGCCUUGACUCACAAUUUAUUGUGUGUGAUAUUAGAGGCGUUGUUGUUGAACUGUUCUUUGCACCUAAUUUUACCUCUUUGGAUCACCGGUAGAUGAUUCAACAGUCCCAAUCCUCUCCUCGACCAGCUCCAUGUGCAGUGUCUAUUUUUACACUUGAUUUUUUUGGGAGGUGGGGGCAGGUUCAUUUUUGUAUAUACGAUUACUCAGUACUUCUCAGAAGCAACGGUAUUUCCGAUUCAUGGUAUUUCUCAGUCUUUGCUGUGCUCCCGCUGUAAUAGGGUUAGGCGACUGGCUGGGAAGGUGUUGCACAUUCCUUGAGCUCAGGACUUAAUUGCUUGUGUUGUUUUUGUGGGUGCUGCAAGGUGGCGGCUGAACCUCAGUGAAACCCCGUUAGAGCAGAAUAUGUUUGCCCCAAAAUCCCUUUGCAAGGCUUUAUUGCGAAGUAUCUUUCUGCGUUGAUGCGCCAGCUCUUUUGUGGUCCCUGUUCUCUUUUAUAUAGGCUCCGAUGAGACUACCUAGUGUGUAUUGUAACCCUCUUGAAGCAUGUUUUUGUAUUCCACACGCCCAUGUUUCCAGGUGGUAUGUGAAAUUGCUGGAAAAGGAACAUCACCAAAUGAGUCCAAUAUUUGCAUGGCAUAUGAGCUAAUAAUCAUCACACCAAACAUCACAUUGAACCCAAGGAUAACGAUGGGAAAAAAAGGGUUAGUGUUGCUUUGGGACCAGUUAACAACUUGAGUGUCUUCGGUGGAGUCUGUAGAAGUGGGUCACCAGUUAGAUAGUGGAGCUUGAAGCACUCUGAAACCAAGUUGUUACAUAUUUCUAGCUGCCAGAAACCUCCAAGCACACAUACACAUCCGUUUCACACACCAGUAGACUAACAUGUCAAAGUGUACUGUAUCGCCGAGACGGAUUAUGGGUAUAGAUUGGAGUGUCACGGUUUUCUGGCGCUGACCUGGGAUCAUCUCAGACUGGGAUCUGAUCUCAGGUCUCUGGCUGUCUGGACUACUCCACCACGCGUGUGGCAGUAUGUAGCAUGUACAUAGAUGAUGGCUCACUUUGUAUGUAUAGAGAAGUGUAUAGGUUUGAUACUGAUAUUCACAUUCUGCCCUUUUUGUGUUUCUUCAAUGAAAGUCAUAGCAAUAUUUCUGUAAACGAUAAAAAGCCAAGGUAUUCCAUAAUGGGGUGAAAAUUAUGACUUUUGAGGGGUGACUGAUUCAGCUGUAAAACUUGACAAAGAAAGCGACAAGGAUGUCGGUCUUUUAUGUUUUUGCUGUUUAUGCAGAUGGGUUUCAUAGGUUGAAAUUUAGGAAGGGUCAUGCAACACUUCUCGAUUAUUUUGGGGUAUUUUUCCAGUGAAAGCCAUGAUGGUAGUAAGAAGGUGGUUGUGUAAAGUGGUUACUCAAGGAGAAAAAGAGAUGUGUACACCAAGUUAAAAAAUAAAAGUUGUGUUAUUAA